AUGCACCGGGGGGCCUCGAACCAGCGCUCCGUCUCCUCCUCGUCGGGCUCCUUCCAGGCUCCUCCGCCGCCUCCCCCCGCCGCGGACCUGCAGCCCCUUUUCUUGGGCGUCGGCGGCGGCAGCAGCACCGCCGCCACCACCAGCAGCAGCAGCUCGAGCGGCGGCGGCGGCACCCGGCGGGGCUCGGGGUCCAGCGCGGCCUCCAGCCGCUCCCGGAGCAGCGGCGAGGAGGAAGAGGAGGAGGAGGAGGAGGGCGAGGAAGCGAGGCCCCUGGUGCCGGCCGCCCCGGAGGCCGCCGCGCCGCCCCCCGCCGGCGCCUCGCCCGCCUCCAGCUCGGGCUGCAGCAUGACGGCGGGGGAGCCGUACGGGGCUCCGCCGGGGGCGGCGUCGUCGGGGGCCCCGGGGGUCGUCGGCGGCCCCCCGCGCUGGGGCUUCCAGGCGCUGUCGCUGCUGCUGCUGCUGGGCCAGGGCGCGCUGCUCGACCUCUACCUGAUCGCCGUCACCGACCUGUACUGGUGCAGCUGGAUCGCCACCGACGUGGUGCUGGCCGCCGGCUGGGGCCUCUUCUUCCGCCGCAACAGCCGCGCCCGCCGCCGGGGGGAGCGCCCGUCCGGGGGGGCAGGGCCCCCGCCGCCCCCCCCGCCCCCGGGCCACCCUGCCCCCGGGGGCCGGGGCCGCGUCGGGGCGUCCCCCCGGGGCGGCGACUUCGCGUACGCCCACCUGGCCUGGCUCAUCUACGCCAUCGCCUUCACGCCCAAGGCGGCGCUGGUGCUGGGCACGUCCAUCCUGGAGCUGGUGGAGCUGCGCCUGCCGCUGGGCGCCGCCGGGCUGCGCGCCACCCUGGCCCUCUCCGCGCCCCUCCUCUACUGCCUGCUGCGCGCCAUCGGCCCCGAGGGCCCCGCCGGGGGGCAGCUGCUCCUGCCCCCCCGGCCGCCGCCCCAGCCCCGCGCCGCCGCCGCCUUCCUGGCCACCUGCCUCGACCUCCUCGACGCCGCCUCGCUGCUGGAGCUGCUGCCGCUGCCGCUGCCGCCCCCGCUGCGCUACGGCCUGCUGGCCGCCUACUUCGCCUGCCUCGCCUCGCCCGUGCUGUGGCUCUACGAGCUCAGCGCGCCCCGCCCGCCCGGCGCCGCCCGCCUGGCCCUGCACGGCCUCCUCCCCGCCGGCCUCCUCGACGCGCCGCUCCUGGCCCUGCGCGCCCUCCUGCUCCUGCGCCACCAGCAGCCCCUCUCCGUCUUCGCCCUCAAGAACCUCUUCUUCCUCGCCUGCCGCGCCCUCGAGGGCCUCGAGGCCGCCGCCUGCCCGCCCCGCCGGGCGCGCCCCAAGGCCCCCCGCGCCCCCGGCCCCCCGCCCGCGCCCGGCCCGCGCGACCUGGCGCCCCACGGCUAUGUCAACACGCUGGCCGUUGCAGGAGGCAUCUCCGAGAACGACAUGGGGCCCCAUGGCUAUGACAGCACGCUGGCCGUCACUGCACAGAGCUGA